GCCAAAGUGUGCAGAGUAGUUAAUCUAAAAUACAUUACCCCAUGGUGUGCAGCGCCAUCCCUCUAGCAACGGAAUAAAGUCGCGAUGCUGGCCAAACCACGGAUCCCAUGCCCAAAACAGGGAAACGGACCUCUUUCGUUGCUUUCAGGCUGUUCUGUUUCGACCCCUCAUUGCCACCACAAGAGGGAGGUCGAGGGUGGCGAUGGGAUAUUUAACCAUUGUCAGUCCAGCAUGUGACAAUGCCCCGGACCUGAGUCCUUCAACAUCUCCCACAUCACAUAAACCUCACAAAGCACAUCACGCAAAAUGACUCCGAGUAUCUCCCUCGCGAGAAUCGUUCUAUCCCUCGCCACCACCACCAACGGCGUGCUGGCUCUCGCACUCCCGCCUCUCCCCGCCGGCAGCAUCACAAUACGUUCUCCGCCGACAGCAAACCUGCUUGACUACCUAGACACCUCGCUCAGUUCAUCUUCCAACUCGUCGCCAUACUGCGCCUUCGUCGUCUCAGAAUCCAGUCUUGAGUUCCCAGGCGCGAAAAUCCCCCGCUCGCCCGCUGGUUUCAUCGACUGCAAGACGCGUCUAGCGUUCGCAAACUUGCCAGCCGAGUACGCGUUUUCCAUAUCGUCAGUGGAAGUGGCCGGAUAUCUCAGCUUGGAAAGGGGCAGCUUUGUGGAGAAGGUGCAGGUGCGGGCAGAAUAUGAUCCAAAGCAGCAAUCUUCAUCAGCGGGAAUGGCAGAUACUGGCACAGUCAGAAGGCCGUACGGCAGCCAGGGAACCGGCUACGAGGGCGCGUUCAAGCUGGGUGUGUGGAUGACGCCGGGAGGCCCACGGACCGCGCUGGCUGCGUCCAGCUGCUCAACCAACUCGAAUAACAGAGCCGCUGUCAACUUUGACUUGUGGAUUGCGCUCUCGCACGAGGAGAUCGAGUUUGAUGAUGCAGUUCUGCACGAGGGGUCUGUCGGCGGCGACGGCCCAGGGCAGCAGGUGCGGGUGACUUUUAAUACCACGUGGAGGUCAUGUUGAGUGUGUGUGGAUGUGGUGGCCAGAUAUUAUGGGUGAAUCGAGGCGGGGCGCGGGGGAAAAGCUGGAUUUGGAUUCGUUUCUGGAGGCCGUUCCUGUCCGUCCGUCUCCCUGCCGAUACAGCAACUUCAAAUGCCAAUCUGCUACGGAUCUGCACCACUGGGAGUGCCCGAGGCAAUAAGCCGUUGGUGAUGGUGUCUCGAACUAGCGUGGCUCCCACGUUCAUAAAGUGAGCGUCAAAUAAUAAGAAACUUAAAACGGCGUGAGAUUCCCUUUAGUUCCAGAUGGCUUGGUG